CAAAUAUAGUUGAUAAAAGAUUUUGAAGAUCUUGUGAUUAAAACUAUCUGGCACUACCAUAUUCUUAGGAUCAGCUGAGUAAUCGAAGACAUCAGGAAACGUGUCAGUUGAUAUUUGCAAGGAGUUUAAUAGUUUUUUUUAGUUAAUUAUUGUAUUUUUAGCUAAUAACAAAACUCAGAAAAGACAAAUUAGCACAAUGAAAACACGCUUUAACACAUACGACAUAGUUUGCGGUGUCGCUGAGUUGCAGCGUUUGGUUGGACAGCGCGUAAAUCAAAUCUAUGACAUCGACAACAAAACAUAUUUGAUACGAUUUCAAGGUGGCGAAAGUAAAACAGUGCUCUUAAUUGAAUCCGGCAUAAGAUUUCAUACCACAGCUUUUGAAUGGCCAAAGAACGUCGCGCCUUCGGGCUUCAGUAUGAAACUGAGGAAACAUCUCAAAAACAAACGUUUGGAAAAAUUGGAACAACUUGGCAUGGAUCGUAUAAUAGAUUUGCAAUUUGGCAUGGGCGAAGCUGCAUAUCAUGUUAUUGUCGAGCUAUAUGAUAGAGGCAACAUCAUACUCACUGACCAUGAACUUACAAUUUUGUAUAUAUUACGGCCACAUUAUGAAGGUGAAGAAGUACGAUUUGCAGUACGUGAAAAAUAUCCUUCAAAUCGUGCAAAAGAGCAAGCUACCGAUUUAACGGAAAAUGAUGUGCGUGUCUUGAUAGAAACCGCAAAGCCUGGUGACAAUUUGCGACGUUUACUAAUGCCGAAGGUGGAUUUCGGGCCGGCUGUAAUAGAUCAUGUGCUACAUAAAUAUAAACUUGAUAAUUGUAUAAUUGAAAAGAAAGAAGAUGCAAGUACGCUCGAACCAGAAAAUGUACAAGCUGAAAGUGGUGGUGGUAAAAAAUCGCGUAAACAAAAGAAAAAAGAAGGCAAAUCAAUAAACAUGCGGAAUUUUGAUAUUAAUACUGAUUUGCCAGUCCUCGUGCAGGCAAUAGAAGAAGCUAAUAAGAUUUUUGUCGAAGGCCGCACAUCGGUGUCCAAAGGUUAUAUUAUACAAAAACGUGAGGAAAAGCCUUCUACUACUGCCGAUGAUGCAAAAGAGGAUUUUUAUCAAAACAUCGAGUACCAUCCUUAUCAAUUUGCACAGUUCGAAGGACAACCUCGGGCAGAAUUUGAAACUUUCAUGUUGGCUGUAGAUGAGUUUUAUUCCACACAGGAAGCGCAGAAAAUCGAUCUGAAGACUUUACAGCAAGAACGUGAAGCUUUGAAAAAGUUAUCAAACGUUAAGAAUGAUCACGCAAAGCGUCUGGAAAAUUUAACAAAAUCACAAGAAGUUGAUAAACAAAAGGCCGAACUUAUAACAUGUAAUCAGGAGUUAGUUGAACAUGCCAUAGCGGCUGUACAAUCGCUUAUUGCAUCGCAAAUGUCAUGGCCAGAUAUUGAAAAAGUGGUUAAAGAGGCACAAGCCGAUGAUGAUCCAAUAGCUGGCGCAAUUAAAAAGCUCAAAUUGGAAAUUAAUCACAUUUCACUGCGUCUGUCAGAUCCAUAUAAAAACGAUGAAGACGACUCGAAUGAUUCCGAUAAUGAUAAUGAUAGCGCUGAUGGUUUACCAACACUAAUUGUCGAUGUGGAUUUGGCGCUGUCAGCUUGGGCAAAUGCAAGAAAGUACUAUGACCUAAAACGCUAUGCCGCGAAAAAAGAACAGAAAACGAUCGAUGCUUCAAACAAAGCGCUAAAAUCAGCCGAACGAAAGACGCAGCAAACAUUGAAAGAAGUACGCAUAAUAUCCACCAUUUCGAAAGCUCGAAAGGUCUAUUGGUUCGAAAAGUUUUAUUGGUUUAUUAGCUCUGAAAACUAUUUGGUUAUUGGUGGCAGAGAUGCGCAACAAAAUGAGCUGAUUGUGAAACGUUACAUGAGACCAACUGACAUUUAUGUGCACGCUGAAAUUCAAGGUGCCUCAAGUGUGGUUAUACGAAAUCCAACUGGAGCUGAAAUACCGCCAAAGACGUUAUUGGAAGCUGGUACGAUGGCUAUAUCAUACAGUGUGGCAUGGGACGCCAAAGUGGUGACGAACGCCUAUUGGGUGCGCAGUGAUCAAGUCACCAAGACAGCGCCCUCUGGCGAAUAUUUGGGUACUGGUAGUUUCAUGAUACGUGGCAAGAAGAAUUUCCUACCAUCCUGUCACUUAAUAAUGGGCUUAAGUCUGCUUUUCAAGUUGGAAGAUAGUUUUGUGGAGCGCCAUCGUGGCGAACGCAAAUUGCGUACUUUCGAGGAGGAACAACAGGAACUGGAGGCGCAAGAACAGCGCUUGAAACAGUUGGGGCUAAAUGAAGAUGUAGAAAUAAACUUAGAUGAAGAGCCAGAAUCGAUUGAGAAGACAGAAGGAGUUACAAAAACAGAGCAGUUGGAAAAAGUCGAAGAAGAUGAUGAAGAUACAGAUUCAGCAGACGGUUCAACCAACUUUCCAGAUACUCAAGUCAAAAUUGAACACGACACAGGUCGUGUUACUGUGCGCACUGAUUCUGUUGUAGAAUCGAUUAACGAAGGUGAUGAACAGGCGGAGACCAUACAGAAAGUCGCUGUAGCGGAAGAGGAGGAAGAAGCCACUAUAAUACCGGCAGCGCCAGCGCGUAAAAAACAACAACAAAACGCCAAAAAGAGGAAAGAAGAAAAGGAGCGUAAAACGCAAAAAGAAUUGCGGCAACAACAACAAAAUACCGCAGAAAAAGACACAAAGAAUGCUUCGAAUAUGAAGCGUGGACAGCGCGGCAAACUAAAGAAGAUGAAGGCCAAAUAUAAGGAUCAAGAUGAGGAGGAACGUGAACUACGCAUGCAGUUAUUGAAGUCCGCCGGCAAAGAUAAAAUCGAUUUAGCCGACAAAAAAGCCGAAGAAGAGCUGAACAUGCAGAAUGCGCAAAAGGAAAAGCGAAAUUUUGCGCGCAAAGAAGAAGCGUCCCAAGCGGCAGCGGAAAUCGAGGACGCGGAUGAUAUGCCCGCAGGUGCCGAUGUGGCCAUGUUGGACGCGCUUACUGGACAGCCGCUUGAGGGCGAUGAAUUGCUGUUCGUCAUACCGGUGGUGGCGCCAUAUCAAUCACUGCAGAAUUACAAGUUUCGCGUAAAGCUCACACCAGGCACUGGAAAGCGUGGACGUGCUGCUAAAACUGCCUUAACCAUGUUCUCCAAGGACAAAAAUUGCAGUCCACGCGAAAAAGAUUUGCUCAAAAGCAUCAAAGAGGAGGCGUUGGCUAGAAAUAUACCCGGCAAAGUGAAACUAUCGGCACCACAAUUGCAGAAAUUCAAAAAGUAAACGCUUAGUGUGUCUUAUGGUAACUGCAGUGGCUGUCUAUGAUAUAAAAGCAAUUAGAAAAUAAUUCCAAUGAUAUUUAGUUUUUGCUGAUUUAAUUAAAUAGUUUUAAACUAUUGUGUUGCUUCAUAUGAAAUAUUGCAAAUUUAUAUAAAAAUUAAUUUAUUCUUGAAUAAAAAAAUGUUAACGGUGAAUAAAUGUAAUGAUUUCA